AAACUGGAAACAAAAAUGAGAAUUAAAAUGCCCGCGGUUCGAAUUGCACAAGAUUCCGACUCCACAGAGAACGAUGCCGUGGCCACACAGGACAUCCUCACGUGCGGCGCCUGCCAGAAGGCGUUCGCCCUCUCGGACAUUCUCAAGUUCAUCCAGCACAAGGUGCUGCAGUGCAACAAGGAGAACUACGGCCAGUGCGCCACCCAGAAUCCGCAGAUGGAUCGCGACGCGGAGGAGGGUCGUCCGCUCAGCCUCGUCAACCGCCGCCCCUCGAUCUCCGCCCCCAUUUCCGGUCGCAAGUCCGCUCCCGCGUCGGCGGCAGCAGCGGUCGCGGCGGCAGCGGCAGCGGCUGCAGCAGCGGCGGCAGCAGCGGCGGCGGCGGCCAGCAGCACGGCCAGCGGCUCCAGGAUACACACACCACCACCGAGUCCGGCGGACCUGCUGGCCGACGGAGCCAGCAGCACGCCCAAGCGGCUAGUAGAUGAAAACGACAAUACCACGCCCAAGGACAGCGAGACGGGCGCCACCACCCUCGACUCGAAUGCCGCCCCCUCCAGUCCGGCGGCCAUCGAGCGCCAGUCCUCCGGCGACAGCAGCUGCGAGAUGGAGGAGCAGGAUCGGCAGGAUCAGCAGGCCAAGGUCAAGCAGGAGCCCUACGAGGAGGAGGGUCUCAACCAUCACCAUCACCACGACGACGAGGAGGAGGAGGAGGAGGAGCGGUCGCUGGCCAAGCGGCCCAAAAUGGAGCUGGUCGAUGCCGAGGCCAAUACAGUCCACACAGAACCCAGCAACUACACGUGCUCCACGUGCAAAACCCGCUACACCUCCGCCUGGCGCCUCAUCCAGCAUGUCCAGCACUCGCACGGCGUGAAGAUCUACGUGGAGAGUCCCGGAGGAGGUGGUGGAGGAGCCACCCUGACGGUGGCCACGCCCGCCGCCCUCAACAGCAGUGCUCUGGCCUUGGCCGCCGCCGCUGCCGCUGCCGCUUCCGCUUCCGGUUUGGCGAGUCCACAGCCAGCAGUUAGCCCCAAUCCCAAUUCGAAUCCGCAUCCCAAUACCGCAUCUCAAUCGGCGGGCAAAAGGAGCAGUCCGGUGGCAGCCGGAUCGGCCAUUCUGUCCAACAACUCGGUUAGCUCCACUUGCUCCAAUUCGCUGGUCAACACCAGCGGUGGCAGCAUCAGCAACACCAGCAGCAUUGGCUCACCGCAGCAGCAGCAGCAGCAGCAGCAACAGUUGCAGCUGCAACAGCAGCAGCAGCAGCAGGCACAGCAGCAACAGCAGCGUGUGCAGCAGCAACAGCGGGAGAAUCUGGCCUCCGCCAUGGCCGCCGGCAUGCGUCAUCAUCCGCUGCUGCCGCCGCCGGAGGCGAUGCAUGCCAAUCCCUUCCAGCUGCUGCGGAUGCCACUGCCGCCAGCGUUGGCCCAGGCCGGAAAUGUAGUUCCUACGGUGGCGCCGCUCUUCGGACGCCCCUCGCCCGCCGAUCACUACCGCAUGGAGCAGCUGGUCAGCGAGCAGUUCCGCCACCAUGGCUUCAAUCUGGCCGCCGCCGCUGCGGCCGCUCAGGCGCAGUUCAAUGCCAAUGGGCAGGUGGUGCCCGGUUCGGUAGAGCCUCGUCCCCCAUCCUCCAGCAGCUCAGGCAGCCAGAGGGGAUCGGUGCCACCGGCAGCAUUGCCGCCACCAUCGCUCAGCUCCCAGCAGCAGCAGCAGCAACAGCAACAGCAGCAAUCCGUGCAGCAGCAGCAACAAACUGCACAGCAGCAACAGCAGCAGAGUGUGCAGCAGGCGCAACAGCAGCAGCAGCAGCAGAUCACACCUGGUUUGGUGGGCGGAGCAGGUGGCUCCCUGAAGUUGGAACCCCAGCAGAUGGAUUUUUACUCGCAGCGAUUGCGUCAGCUUGCGGGCACAACAAGCCCUGGAGCUGGCAGCACUGUUAACUCGAGCUCGCCGAGUCCUCGACAGAAGCAAUCGCCGCAUUUCGCGAGCCCCUCGCCCUCGCAGCAGCAACAGCAACAGCAGCAGCAGCAACAGCAGUUGCAACAGCAGCAGCAGCAACAGCAACUGGCAGCAAUCCCGCGACCCCAUUCCCUAACUCCGCCCGAGAAACUGGGUGAUGGCAGCUCAGAGAACGGCAGCCUGGGCCUAAUCCUGGCCAGCACUCCGCGUUCGGCCAGCACGCCACCCUCAAAGACCGCCGAUGUGCUGCUCCAGGAGCCGGCCAAUUGCUAUGCCUGCAGCUACUGCGACAAGAAGUUCCGCUUCGAGAACAACCUGAUCAUCCACCAGAGGACCCACACCGGCGAGAAGCCCUACAAGUGCACCGCCUGCGACUUCGAGUGCUCGCACAUCCAGAAGCUGAUGAAGCACAUGCGGGUGCAUCGCAGUCCGGCGGAUGAGCAGGACAACCAGGAUAACCAGGACGAUGGCAGCAAUGCCGAUUCGCUGGAAACGAAUGAGGCGGACAACGAUGAGGAUCCCAAUCCCGAUGAGUCCGAGGAGGAGAUGGGCGAUGGUGACAAUGAUCCGGAUGGCGAUGGUGAUCUCGAUGGUGAGGAUGAGGACGAGGAUGAGCUGGAGGAGUGCGAGGACAUGGACUACAAGGCGGAGGACCUCAGUGUGAGCAAUCGCAUUGAUGGCAAGAGCCAGAGUCCCAAGACGACGAGCUCGGGAGCCACCUCGCUGGUGGGCGAACUGAUGGACAAGUUCGGUCUGUCGAACAUUGCCCAGUACAGUGAGGCCUACAAGCAGGCGCUGCAGGAGUCCGGACGCAAGGAGGCAGCCGCUGCCGCCGCCGCCGCAGCUGCAGCUGCUGACAACAAUAAUCGCGGAGCGGGUGCCCCAUUGAGUGACAAGCUGAACGGUCUGCCGGUCGCUGCACUGCGUCUGCGAGAUGAGUUCGCCAAGAACUGCAACAUGUUCCAGCAGCCGCAGGAUGGCGGGGCACCCUCGCAGGUCCCCCUAUUCAAUCCCUUUCCCAAUCCCUUCGAGCUGAGCAAGCGCAUGAAGAUGGACGGUGGCGAUUGGUGGGGCAUGUCGCAGGCCCUGCACCGAAAUGAGGCGCUCUUCGAGAACCUCAAGCUGAAGCCGCUGGGCCUGGGCGGAGCCAACUCGCUGAUCCAGGGACCGCUGCUCAAGAAGGAGAGCCGCCAGCGCAACGACACCUGCGAGUUCUGCGGCAAGGUGUUCAAGAACUGCUCCAACCUGACCGUUCACCGGCGCAGUCACACCGGCGAGAAGCCCUACAAGUGUGAGCUGUGCUCUUACGCCUGCGCCCAGAGCUCCAAGCUGACGCGGCACAUGAAGACGCACGGGCGGACCGGGAAGGAUGUGUACCGCUGCCGCUUCUGUGACAUGCCCUUCAGCGUGCCCUCGACGCUGGAGAAGCAUAUGCGCAAGUGUGUGGUCAAUCAGGGCAAGGCGGCGGCGGCUGCCAAUGCGGUGGCCGCUGCUCAGGCGGCCCAGGCUGCCGCCCAGCACAUUCAGGCCGCCGCCCAGCAGGCGCAAGCGGUCCAGGCUCAGGCGGUUCAGGCCCAGGCGGCCCAGCAGUCGGCGGCAGCAGCGCAGCAGCAGCAGCAACUGUCGCCCAUGGGCGUCGUUGGCUAUCCGCCGCAGUUCGUCGGCGGUCACAACCUCUCACUGCCGGGCAGCGUGAGCGGGGACAACGACUCCAAUGCCUCCUCCAGCAUGACCGGCGUCCAUCCCAUUUCGCUGAAGGAGGAGGCAUGACUUUUCAGUGGUUUUCCCGUGCCGCUGGCGCCACCACCGCCACUGCAGCAGCAGCAGCAGCAUCAUCCGCAGCAGUCGCCGCAGCAGCAGACCAGUCGCAGUCGCAUCAUGUCGCGCAUCUUCUAAAGGUGUUGAAAAGUUCUUGAAAGAAACCCCCCGAACCAAGCCCCCUGUAAAUAUGACUUUUUUGAAAAAAGCCCCCAUCCAGCUCCUUCCAGGCGACGAAAAAAAAAAACGACCAGAGGCAUUUAAUACCAAAGCAAUAACCGUUAUGUAAUAUAAUUUUAAAGAUUCGAACCUUUUUUUUUUUCUUAAACUAAAACUAAAGAACUAAAACGAAAAUGAAAACAAAAACCCACACACAACACACAUUUUUUUCCAACAAUUUUUUUUCGUGCUUGUAAUUUAUAUAUAUAUAUAAAUAAAUAGUAUAUAAAUAUAUACGUAAAUGUAAUAAUAUAAUCGCUUUAGUGAGUAAUUGUGUGGACACACAUUUUCCAGUGUAUUUUCUAGGACCUAAGUAAGACAAACAGAAAGAAAAGGAUUUGUAUAAAUUGAAUGGAGGAAACCUACUACAACUAAAAGUAAACAAAAAAAAUAUGAAAAAAUUCUGCUCCCAGCGAGCCACAAAAAUAAGCAAAAUUAUACUCUAAACUUAAACGCAUUACUAUAUGAAUAUUAUCGAUAUGGGCGAGUGAAUGAAUAUUUUUUUCAUCGAUGUACAUUUUUUAGUAAAUCUAGAUCCCUAGCACUAAAGACGAACACUUGUAAAAAUCCUAACUCUAAUUCUAAUUAUGAUUAUCGUAUAUGUAUUCGUUCCCCUUUGAUUUCCCCUUGAUUUAUUUUCUUUCCACCUACCCCUUCUCGUUUUUUUUUUGCCUAGAAAUAAUUCUAUUAUUAAAUGUAAUUUAAAUGAGAAAAACGAAAAAUAAUCAAAUUUUUUUACAUACAUAAAUAAAUAUAAAUGUAAAACACAAAUUUUUUUUAAACAAUUUUAGUCUAAGCUGAGAAGGAAAAUCAUGCAUAAAAAAAUUGAGGCAGAAGGCAAAUUGAAAGAAGGCGAAGAUGCAAAUUUGUACGUAAAACUUCAAGUGAAAUAUAAGAAAUAUAAGGAAGCAAUUAACGAGAAAAAAUACCGAAACAACAACAAACAAACAAACAAAAACGACAAAAAACUAGAUUUAGAAGACUGAAGAACUGAGAACGAAAAUUGUUUUCUUGCUACAAAACAAAAAAUGAAAAUAAAAAGACAGAAGGACGAAAAGGACGAUAGAGAGCUGGAAAACGGACAUUGAAAAGGAAGGAUGGAGUUGAAAGGACACGAGAGAGUGCAUUUUUUUAUGAAUUGUUUUUUUGCUGUUGAUUUUCGUUAUUUGAUUGAAACUAAAACAAAAGAUUGAGAUCCAAAAUUUUAAUUAAUAUUUAAUUGUUUGUUUUUGUAGUGAAAAUUUCCCUUUUGUGAGCGAAAAUUCAAAGGCGCAAAAUUAGUUUAAACCUUGUUUUGUUUCGAGUCCCCCUAAAAUCCCACCUGGAAAUCCCCCUACCAAGGCAGUUAUAUCCGUAAUUGCCUUUUUACGGGCGAUUUCCUCCGUUUUUAUCGACGAAGUUUACCGUACAUAAUUUAUGGAAUUCGACAUGUACUAAAUUUAAGAAUGAGGUUUUAAUAUGCAUUAUGUUUCACAUAUAUAGAACAUAUAUAUAAAGCGAAAACUGAAUAAACAAAAAUCCAUGAAAAUUAAAAAAAACCCACACACGAGUUAUGUUUUAUUUGGCAAUUUAUUUUUUUUGGUUAACCCAUUGACAACAUUGAUUUCUUCCACAAAAAGCAGAGCAGAGGCGAAACGGCAACCGAAACGAAACGAAGCAAACUAAAACUAUCAUUAAAUCUUAGAAAAUUAAUUGUAGCUAUUAAAAACAAAAAAAGAAAACUUUAUACUAAAACGAUUCAAAAACCAGGACAUUGUCUCAUUUGGCCGAGAGCAAUUGCAAGGAAGGGCGAAUUAAGAACGAAAACCAAAAAACAAAACGAAUGGAAAAAACAAAAAAAAAAAUAUUUUUCAAAUGUGUGUAAUUUUUUGAAAGUAACAAUAACGAAAAUACGAAAAAGGAAACCCAAAAAAACCACAAAUUUAAAAAUUAAUAAUUAAAAGAUAGU